AUGGCAGAACUAACGCACUACGACAUCCUAGACAUCGAGCGCGACGCGACACCGGCGGAGGUGCGCAAGGCGUACGUGCGCCUCGCGCGCAUGAAGCACCCGGACAAGAACAACAGCGCGGAAGCGACGGAGCUGUUCCAGCGGGCCUUGGACGCGUACGAGGUGCUCGGGAACGAGGACAGUCGGGCGGCGUACGACGCGGGGCUGGGGCCUGAUGCGCCGGCGCCCCCGGCGCCAGCCGAGCCCAAGAGCAAGGGCAAGGGCAAGGGCAAGGCGAAGGCCGCCCCAGAGGCGGACGCUGCGGCCACAGAGGCGAAGAAGCCCUCGGCGCAGGCAGCCAAGGUCGACCCCGCGCCCGCGCCCGCGCCCGCGCCCGCGCCCGCGCCCGACGGAGAUGCGCCACACGCCACCGUGCCCCUCGCCCCAGCGACCGAGGAGCCGCAGACCCGCGACGGUGCAGCGAAGAAGGCCACGCUGCAGCACGCGCCGACGAUCAAGAGCAUGACGGGGAGUAUUGGUGGUGGCGGGGCAGACGCCGACUCGAAGCCGCUCCCGCCGGCGCCGGUGCCCGUGUCGCCACAGCACGCAGGCUUCACGGCCGCACAGGUAUCCUACGCGCCGGACUGGGGCCGGCGGCCGGGCCAAUGGGGCGAGUGGCCGCCUACGCCGUGGGACCCGCGCAGUGCAGGCGCCGCUUACGCGCCGCCAGGCUCGCACGGCGCGUAUGGGCCCCCGCCGCAGCCCUUUCGGUCCCGCGCCUGCCCGAACCCCGACUUCCCGCACGAGUGCCACUGCUUCAUGCUGCACAGCUACCCGGCCUACGGCGUGCCCGGGGACUAUACUGGCGGCUGGAACCACCGCAGGGGGUACAGCGAGCCGGCGUACGCCUUCGCCCAGCAGCGUUGCCAGCAGCAGCAGCAGCAGCACGGUGGGGUGCUGCCACGCUCUGAGGUGGCCGUGGACACGCCGCAGACGGUACCUCUGGGACAGCCCGCCGCCGUCGAGGUGGCGCCGGGUGCGGUUCCGGUGGUGGAGGAGAAGCAGCAGGGAAAGCAGGGAGAGCCUGCCGCCGCCGCUGCGCCCGACGUCAAACUCGCUGGAGGGGCCGAGCCUGACCCAAAGGCAAAGCCUGGAGCUAAGCCUGUUGACCCCAAGCCCGCUGAUAAGCCCGCCGAGCCCAAGGCCGCAGACAAGCCCGCCGACAAGUCCGCCGAGCCCAAGCCAACACCAGCCACCUCGAAGCCUGACGCCAAACCCGCCGAACCCAAGCCAGCAACUAAACCCGCCGCCGAGUCCAAGCCAGCAGCCGAGCCCAAGCCCGCCGUCGCCGCCGCCGCCGCCACACCGGCCACCGACGCCAAGCCUGAUGCUAACACCACCAACCCCCCUGGAGGAGACCCCCGCUCCGUCACUGAGUGGGUCAAGCCGACCUCUACGCGAUCCGGAGGAUCCGACCGCGGCGACGCAGGCGCAACAGGCAAGUCCAAGCCCCCGCCCAACAUUGGGGGCGGAGGCAAGCCAUCCUCCAAGCCCCGCGUCCCCUCCUCCUCCUCCAGCUCAUCUAGCACCACCUCCACCCCACCAGCGUACACGACGAAGCCACGCCGGGACCAGGACCUCCGCGACUGGGACGACCGCGUGAGGGGCAGGCCUACGGCUGCGUCUGGUGCCCACGCGGGCGUGUACCACUUUGACUAUGCCGACCCGCCUGCGCAGCGCGUCAACGCGACGCAUACUUACGAGCGCAGCCGCACGACGUUUUCGUUCCCUGCUGCCGACGACACCGACGACGACGAUAUCGGCGCUGGGCGGCGCGGAGCGAUCGCCGACGAUUACCGAAUGGCUCCAUCGGACGUCUCCGACGAUGUCACGGCUUAA